GAAUCGCAAAAUGUAAAUAAACAUUGAAGCACGAUUUUCAAAAAAAAAUUCUAAUCAAAUUUUUAAUAAUUUUUACAGAAUAACAAUCAAAGCUUCCAAUGGGAGUCCGCGGCUUAACGACGUACAUCGCCAAAAACGCGGAGCAAUAUUUGGUUCCUUUCGAGCUUCACGAUUGCAAUUUAGUCAUCGACGGCGACAAUUUGGCCUCACAACUCUUCAACAAAACCCACAAUAGUGCCUUCGGCGGCAAUUAUGACGAAUAUUACAAAGCAGUUUUGCACUUUUUCGCACUUCUCCGCUCAUGCAACGUCACUCCCUUCGUCUUGAUGGAUGGCGGUUACGAGGAACGAAAGAUGCGAACGAUCAAAGCGCGUCUCCAAACACGAAUCACCUCCGUAAAAUACGCCCUGCCGCUGAGUUCAAAGCCCGUAAUUCCGCUUUUCAUGCGCGAAGUGUUCCUAGAUGCAGUUCGAAUGAGCAAAGUCCCCAUUAUGCGAUGCAUGUUCGAAGCUGACGACGAAAUUGCGGUUUUGGCGAGAAAAUUGGAGUGUCCCGUGCUGAGUUACGACUCGGAUUUUUACAUUCACAACGUCAUGUACAUCCCGUAUGUGACUCUGACGCACAAAAUCUACAAAAAAGUGAUGCAAGACGAGAAAAAUUACGAAAUUGAGGUCAUCGGGAACAACAAAGGCAAGAAAAAAUCCACGAAAAAAGUCGUUGUUGUGGGAAAAAACAAGCAAAAAAGCGAAAAUAACGAAAUUGCCUCAGAGGAAAAGGAAAUUAUCGCUUAUCAGUACCUCGAUUGCUGCCUUUACACGAUCGAAAGUCUCGUCGGCGGCAAAAAAGCUUUGAACAAAGAAAUGUUGCCGCUUUUUGCGACCCUAAUUGGCAAUGAUUUCAUCGAAAGACGCGUUUUUCGGAAAUUUUAUUCGAACGUGAAGCAAGUAAAAGGCAGAAAAAAGACAACGCCGCAACAAAAACGGAUCAAAACAAUUUUCGAAUGGCUCAAAAAUGAAAGUCUCAAGUCGGCGCUGCGAAAAGUUGUGGGUGUCAUGAAAUUAGCUGAACGGGAAAAGUUGAUAAAACAAAUAAAAACCGCCAUGGAUGGUUAUAACAACGAAAUUUCCGUGGCUUUUGACUAUUUUGGGUUCGUGGAUGAGGCUCCAGCUGUCGAAAAAUGUUCUGGAAUUGAUCUCGAGUCGCUUAUUAAUGAACCGGAAGUCGAUUCUGAAGGCGAAGAAUCCGAAGAUGUUGAAGAAAAUGAGGAUUUAGAGUCAGAAAAUGACGUUUCAGACCCUGAAAAUGACGAAAAAGGCGAUAAAAACGAAGAAAAUGACAAUUCAGGCUCAGAAAACGGCGAAAAACUCCCCUCCGACGAAGAAAUCGAAGAAAAUAUCGAACCAGCUGCUCCCAUCUCCGUACCUGAAGUCACUUUUCCCGCUUGGUUGCAAGAAAAAUUCAUGACUGGAUGUCUCCCACGCUUCGUAGUUGACUUGUAUGCCGGACGUCGUUACGUCAACUACCCCCAAGUCGAAGACCUGACUCUCGAUGAUGCCAAUUCCAUCUCAUAUCCCAUCCUCCUGCGCCUUUACGCCAUUUUGCAUCAUCCUGAGAAGCCAACUUUGUGGUAUAUGACUCGCGUUAUUCGUUAUGCCCGAUUUUAUUACAAGAAAUUCGAUGCCACGAUGAUCCCCGAUGUGAAUUUCAACCCGGAAAAGCAGAAAAAUUGUCAGCAAUUCCAUUUUGUGUUUGAAAAAUUCCCGCUUCAACAGCUUUUUAACGAUUUAAAGGCCUUACCGGAUGGAUUGCGACUUUAUUUCUUGGCAAUUUUGUUUUGGAUGAGUCAAUCGAAGCUCACGACGUCACUUCAUCUGCAUUCAGCACUCUUGGGGGUCGUCGCCAUGUACUUCAUUGAUCGAAAAUUCGCCGUGACCCAUGAUGAAACGCGAUUUUUUAAAGGUUACAAGAAACUUUUAGAAGAAAUUAAGGCAUCUCCGAUAAUUUCUUCAGAAAAAACUGAUUUUUCGGACCUCAACAAGUCCCUUUCGAAGCAAGAAGCAAUUCUCGUGAUGGAAAAACUUCUCACAAAUUUUUCUGUGAGUCAAAAAUUCGAACGACGUCAUGCGGAUUUUGAUCGUUCGGUCGUUCACGUGUUCUCGGAACUCCAAUCCGUGUGUUUGUUCCUGCAUACAUUGAACGCCGUGUCAAAUAAUCCCUUCCCGAUUUUGCAAAUGUCGCAAAUGUUUCACGGGAUGUUUUUGUACAAUACUUUUGUUAAUUUGAAAUCUCGUGCGGAUCCAUGGAAAUACGUGAAGGAGCAAAUUUUUAAAAAUACUCCGAAUUUUUUGAAGUUGUAUGAGUUGAUGUUUGCGUGGUGUGAGAAAUUUUUGCCGCAUCUCGCGAGUUUUGAUAAGCAACGGAUAAAAGUGAAAGCGGUGAAACCGAGAAAACCAAACAGGCAGGAUGGAAGAACGUCGGCGAGUAAAGAAAUUGUUGUGAAAAUCACACAAAAUGAUUGUGUGGAAAAUGCGGAAGAAGAAGAGAGCGAUGACGAAUUUGUUGAUUUGAAUAACAAAUUUUAUCAGUUGUUGAAAGUUUGAAAAAAAAAAUAA